CGAGUAAGAUGCUGACCAACAGAGGGCGCUGAUUGAAACGCACAGAUGGGCAGCCAUAGGCGGGCUUCGAAAGCGGCGCAAUGGGGCGGAAUCCCAGGACGGAGCCGAAAGUUCAGAUCCGGGGCGAUGACCUACAGCUACGACAAUCACUCCACAAACAACGUCCAUAUCAUACGGUUCAACCGAUAGUGCGAACAGUGAAAAAUAAUCACACUACAACCAGGACCCCUUUAUGUUUGUUGGAUUUAUACCCUUCCACUGGAGGACUGCAGCUAGUCUGGAGAAAGCCAACGGUUAAGCGAGGCAAAUCUCAAGAGGCCCCGUCACGACAGCGUAGCAGUUCCCACCACACCCAGGCAGCCGUCAACGCCGAGUGGUCCGACAGUACACCACAUCCAGGUAACCGUCAACACCUGGUGGUCCGGAAAUCGGAAGGGUCAGCCGAAGAAGAGCCACGCCAAAAGUCCACCGGUUUACUCACCUUGCGCCGCAGCGUAGUUCAACGGAAGUAGGCGGAAGGGAGUGAGGUGCUGGGGCAGCCCAGGAGUUCAUCAUUGGCAGUCAUCGUCAAGGUAGGAAGAGUCUACGUUUUUGUGAAAUCUUAGUGGUAGAAACCAUCUUGUCGACCCAUCAACCCAAUAAACAAC